AUUUCUGAUACUUUAGACUGAAGCAUGAAGAUAUAUUUGGUUAAUAUUUUGAUAUUACCGUACUGACCUUUCUUCCGGUACAGAUUAACCGUGAAACUAUCAGCGUGUCAACAAAUACACCACAAUGCCACGUGAAAUUAAAGAAAUCAAGGACUUCCUUCUCAAGGCAAGGAGGAAGGAUGCAAAAUCUGUCAAAAUUAAGAAGAAUGCAGAGAAUGUGAAAUUCAAAGUGCGGUGUUCAAGAUUCUUGUACACCCUCGUCAUCACUGACAAAGAGAAGGCAGAGAAACUGAAGCAGUCCCUUCCCCCAGGGCUCCAAGUAAAAGAAGUGAAAAGGAGUGAGCGUAUGUAAGAAAUAAAAUAAAUUCCUUAAUUGACAACUUGA